UCGAAACGUUACAUUUAUAGAAUCUCUCUACGGAAGUCAAUUUAUAAAAUCAACCCAGCUAGUAAAACCAAGGAUUUUUGUGGCGAGGAAAAAAUUAGGAAUCCUAACGUCACUACAGGUGGACCGGUUUGUUUACAAGUACAGCUAAGCGAGUCAUCUCCUUCAACAAACUCAACUUAAAUUUACAGAUAUAAGGUACUUCAUUUCAGACCACGGUGUGACUUUUCACAAUAAGCUGGAAGGCCUCUUCAUUUAUCUUGGGUGUGAUUUAGUUAAUUUAAUCAAUCUAAGCCCCUUUUAAUGUUUCUAAGAGCUAGGGUUUUUUUCUUCAUUUGAAUCACAAUAUUUUAAAAGCAGCGGGUUCGUCUAUUACAACUAAUGAAACAUAUCAUACAUGAAAGAUAAAUGAUAAAUGAAAAACUAACCUUACGUCUUAGCUGUACGGGUACUGUUCACAUGAUUUGAGAAAGGAAAAGCUGUAAAAGUAAUUAGGCCUCCACAAAGCUUGAACAAAUAACGCAGGUUUUCUUCCUGUCAUAUUGAAGCCAUCGGGUGACAAAAAACAACGAAAAUUACGAUAAAAAACGAAAUUAAACUGAAAAAAUUGGAUUGCCUUUAAACAACUCAGAGAGGAGAACUUCCUGUCAUUUCCGCACUAUGAUGUAUUGUUUCAUUUAAUUUUGUACUAAAACAGUCUUUCAAUAAAGAAAGAUGACUUAUGAUAGAUAAAAAGUAAUGAAGAAUGAUGGAGCUCUCUCAAUAGAUCGAACUCUCAGAUCUUUUGUCACCUGUUUUAAUGCUUUCAGCGUUGUACAGAGAUUGCAAGAUCCAACAGUUGCCAAGGCCUAAGACUGAAUAGGAACCGACGGCAAUUCUUAAAGCUCAGUCGAAUAAACGUAACUCUCUAAUUUUAAAUUUCCUUUCCUGCUGUCACAACUGUUUUUAAUGAGAACACAGGUAGAGCUAAUUCAAUUUGGCGCUGUGCGCUCACCACAAAUUCAGUAUUGCCAAACGCCUUCGACAACAGUGACAACAACAAUAAAAGGGCAAACUUCAACAUGGCGAACCUUAAAGCCUUGGAAAAUAACCCAAGAGUUUUUGGGGUUAUCUUCCAAAACCUUGUUGUCAUGAAUAUAUUACUUUUUUUAAUAAUCUUUUCUCUCAUUUACUGCUCCAUUUAUUUACUUGUUCAUUAUUUUUCAGAUCAGGAACUCGCACAGACAUAAAUUUCAUUAUGUCAACAUCAGCUGCCUUCGCCAUAACAGUCGUUUUUUUGAUAAUAACCUCUGUUAAUAUCAUAGGAAACUCUUUGGUUUGCUGGAUCAUAAAGAAAAAUCGUGAUAUGAGAACUCCCAUAAAUUAUCUUAUUGUUAAUCUGGCGAUAUCAGACAUCAUGUACGCGGUAUUCAUGAUACCCAAAAAUAUCAUGACGCUAACUGGUGCCAUCCAUCCAGACGGUAUGAUCGGUCUAUGUUUAUGCAAAUUUGUUACAAAUGGAAACAUUGCAUGGAUUGGAGGAGUGUCUUCGAUAAUCACACUGGUCGCUGUCGCAUUUGAACGAUAUUAUGCUGUUGUUUAUCCCUUCAAUAGCGAAAGAAACGUCACUACUCAAAAACUUAGAGUGAUUAUCCCAUGUGCUUGGCUUUUUUCGACGUUAUUCAUCUCGCCGCUCUUUUUCAUAAUUGAGGAAGAAGGACGAUCUUGUGUGCGAAGCUGGCCCAAGAAGUGGAUGUCAAAAGCGUACAACUUCGCAUGGUCCACCUUGGUGUUUGUUUCCUUGUUGGUGAUGAUCGUGCUAUACUCCAGGGUUAUUUACGCAUUGUGCUCCAAUACUAUCGAUGGCAACGAAGCCACCCGCCAACAGCAAGGUGUGUUGAGAGUUCGUAAGCGGGUCACCUUGAUGGUCAUCAUCGUCAGUGUCAUCUUUGGAAUCUGUUGGGCAACACUACAAGUUUGUUUUACCUUAAUGGAUGUUGCUUCCGUAUCCAUCGGCCCUCUUCCCUUUGACGUAGCUUUCACCAUGGUCCUGUUCAACUCUGCUAUUAAUCCUUUUGUUUAUGCCUUGCUAAACCAGCAGUUCAAGGAGAAGAUGAAGGGCAUGAUCUGUGGCAACCAUUCAUUGUCCAGGAUUCAGCCCUCGAAUGAAAUAGAGGGAAAAGUAAAUACUGACAACACCACUAACACGAGCAAAACAAGCGAAUCCAAAUUCAAAGACUGAUUCGAAGUGGACCUUUUAUGUAAAGGAAUAUCCUUGAGACUUGAAAAAGGGUCCUUUUCAUGGCAUGGUAUGGUCCCCUGAAAAGAGGACUGAUUCAUAAUGGAGCUGUCAUCUAGAAGAACGUCGUUAGGACUGGAAAAGAGUCCCUUGAAUAGAGGUGAAACCUGAAUAAAUAUGAUAGCACUAGGGCUAAAUUUUCUUUCCUUUCAAUAGAAUAGUAGGGUGAAAAGUGAUCAGAGUCUUUAAUAUAAUAUUUCAGAUCGGAUACGAAUAUACUACACGCGCAGCGCGAAAAAAACGCAGUUAUCGCUUUAGUAUUGCAUAGAUAUCAGUUCAAUAACAGAAUAUAAGUUGCUAGAAAAAAUAUUGUCUUGGUGACACCUCAAUAAAUGUAACAGCAAUAGGGGUAAAGUGUAUAUCCUUCAAUGGCCUGGUCCUCAGAAAAGAGGAUCGAGUCUUAGUGGAGUUCUCAUCAAAGAGAAAUAAAUGACAGAAAUGAUAACCAAAAAGAUCACACCAAUCAUCACUACCAAUUUUAAUAAUCAUUUAUCACAUAAAAAGAAAUAACACGGGUUGUAUCACAGUGCAAUCUCGUGAGCCAUAUGCAGGCUUAUUUCAAGUAAGGAUUCAUUGCAAAUACUCAAGAAAUCUUGUUCAUCUACUUGAACUAUUAUGAAUCUUGUUCUUAACUUUAUUAUUUAGCGUAAAUUUUUUUUCAAAUUCUUCUUGUCAUUUUUAUGAUAUUCAAAAAAAUUUUCCAAACACAAUAGAUAAUGAAAUCCAGAAAUUGGAUAUUACCAAAAAGUUUGUAAUCACGAAAUCACGAUAUUAUAGUGGAUUUUAUGGCAAUUUAAACAAUCCUUCAAAUAAACCUAACUAUGAAACAUUUUCAUUUUUUUGCUAAGGUCGUUGCCAUAUUUUCUCAGUAGUGGGAAGGAUGAGGAUAGAAAUAACUAAAUGGAUUUUAAACAGA